AUAUUUGAUUACAAUCACAGCUGAUAGAGAAAGCAAUGUUCAAAUAUUUCUCGAUUAAAAUGGUCAGUAAAGCAGCACGAGCUGUUGUUAAAUGUUGUCAUCAUUUAAAAACAGUUAAUAAAUUGUGCAAAAUACAAUCAAACAUUCGUAUACAGCAUUAAAAGUUUUAUUUAGUAAUCAAUAUGCUUUCUGAGCAAGUAAAAGGAAAUGUUUCAACAUUCCCGAAGCCAGUAAUUGUAAUUUUAAUUUUCGCAUUCAGUAUCAAAUUUUCGUACAACAGCAUACGAGGUACUUUGCCACUUUAUUUGGUUGAUACUCUUCAUUUGGAGGAAAGUCAAGCAACAGUAUUUUAUCAUGCCUUCGGUAUGUGCGUUUUCUUUUUCGCUUUUGCUGGCGGAAUUCUGGCUGACUCGUUUUUUGGUCGAUACAAAAGUCUUAUUUAUUACAGUACGUCCCUGUCGUUGGGACUUGUACUGCUUACUCUUACUGCAGUCCCGAUGCUACAUUUUCCAGUAAGCGAACUGACAAUAUUGAGCCUAAUUAUUAUAGCAAUGGGUUGCGGAUCGUUACGAUCUUGCGUUCCUGCAUUCGGAGGUGAUCAAUUCAUUUUGCCACAACAAGCAAGACAACUCUCCCUCUGGUUCGUGCUCAUGUGUAUCGCACACAAUACUGCCUCACUAAGCGUAUCGUUUAUCGCGCCUGUGCUUCGGAAAGACCUGACAUGCUUCGGGGAACUUACUUGUUACUCCUUGGUCUUCAUCGUUCCUACUGUAUUGAUGAUUGUGACAACAGUGCUGUACGUGGUUGGUACAAGAUUUUACAGGAUAGAAAAACUGCAAGAAAACGUUCUACCGAAGAUUACCAAAUGCGUAACUUACGCUUUGUACCAAAGGAUCAAAUCGAGCGAAAAACGCCCUCAUUGGCUGGAUCACGCGGAUAAAAAAUUCGAGCCUACGAUGAUCGAAGACAUAAAAUCCGUCACCGCUCUACUCAAGCUCUUUCUACCAUUGCCAAUUUUUUGGACACUGUACAGCAUGACGUCCACCGCUUGGACCUUUCAAGCGUCGAGAAUGAACGGUGAAUUUGCUGGCUACUUGAUCAAGCCUGACCAAAUCACUGCGGUCAAUCCAGUAUUCGUGAUCAUAUUCGUUCCGAUUUUCCACUCGUAUAUUUUUCCAUUACUGGCAAAGUAUUUCUGGGUGAAUACUCCGUUGAGAAAAAUCACUCUGGGAGGAUUAGUGUUGGCCUUGUCCUACUACGUCAGCGGCGUCAUUGAAUUGAAUCUCGAGCCUACCUACGCGAAAAUUCCAAUGAAAGGUUUGGCGCAGGUACGAAUUUUCAAUACCCUCGAUUGCAAUAUUAACAUGAAUAUUGAAAAUCAAGAUUUUGUAUUAGAAAGACUGAGCAUGUGGCAGAACAUAAGUAUUUCAGCUAAUAAGACUGUGCCGUUUGAGUACAGAGCAGACUACAGUAACUGCGGUAUCUACGAUCUACCAUCGGUGAUAGUGUCAGGGAAGUUGGAGGCGGUAGAAAAUAGCGCAACUUCGUGGGCUAUUACUAAGAAAGGAUUAAGUUAUAGGUACACAGAUAGUAUAGAUAAGUCCAAAUCGGGUAAUCCUCGGAUAAGAGCAUUGAUUUACAUCGAUACCGAUCUUACAGAACCAAAACCCGUACUCCGAAUCACGCACAAUAAUGAAACUUUAGAAACAAUUACUUUAUCCAAAAAAUUUAACGCAUCAGUAUUCAAAGAAGUCGCUCACAAGUCAUACGAUUUCUAUGUUAACGAUCGACUAGUCGAAUCGAACGCUUUCAUAAAACUUGGAGGAGUUUACACCGUAGUGGGAUAUGCGUCAGAAAAUAAAACCGUCGCACGUGCCAUAACUGUAACGGAACCCAAUUCGUUCCACAUACUCUGGAUAUUGCCGCAACAGUUUUUGUUGGCUAUCGCCGAAAUCAUGGUCGAAGUAUUAGUAAUGGAGUUUGCUUUCUCGCAAGCGCCUGUCAGCAUGAAAGCACUGCUGCAAGCUCUCUGGCUUUUCACUGCUUUCUUUGGCAACUUGAUCGUCAUCGUCGUCACCGAGGCUCGAAUAUUCGAAAGAAAGGCUUUCGAGAUUUUUUUCUACGCUGUUCUGAUGACUGUCGCUAUGGCCUUCUUCGCCACGUUAGCAAAGUUUUACCGAUACAAGCAAGAUUCGGAGGAUAAUUUAGAAAACGACGCGAAAGAAGAAACCUCGAAAAAUACUUAAGAGCGAAACAAAUCGGUAAAUGUAACAAGAGUAUCAAAGA